UUUUUGGCACUCUUCGUUUGUUUGCAAUUCUGUUGGCCAUUUUGUGCAAAAUCUUCUUAAGGCCAUGCAGUGUUUCUUAAUCGCAGGUGGAGUGAGAUUGCAUUAUGGAAUGAUGGCGUCUCCCCGUCCAAAAUCUCCGCGACCACCUAUAUCCACGAGGAAGGAUGAAAAAGAAGAGAGUUUUUGGGAUAAGAUUGGCACGUUGGGUCGAAAAAAGCGUAUUAAAGAAGUGCAAGAAGUACAGGAAGAAGGGAAAUAUGCAAUAGAUUCGCCAGGGUAUGCAGCCAAUCCAGAAAUGCCACCUGAGGAAUAUGCGUUGGAUGAAAACGAGGAACGUUCUAUGAUAGAGCCUAGAUCAUUGGAGGACUCGAAGCUGAAAGAGCUGAUAUUUGUUUUAAUCGAAUGGAUUAACGAUGAAUUAGCAGAGCAACGAAUUAUCGUAAAAGAUAUUGCAGAGGAUUUAUACGACGGGCAGGUACUGCAGAAAUUGUUAGAAAAGUUAACAGGAGAGAAAUUGGAUGUUCCUGAGGUGACCCAAUCUGAGGAGGGGCAGAAACAGAAGUUGGCUGUUGUUUUAUCAACCGCUAAUCGGGUAUUAGGUCGUUAUCCUCCAUAUAAAUGGAGCGUAGAAUCUGUUCAUUCGAAAAAUAUCGUAGCCAUUUUGCAUUUAUUGGUGGGAUUGGCGAGACAAUUUCGAGCGCCUGUUAGACUGCCAGAACGAGUAGCUGCUCAGGUUGUAGUUGUGCGUAAGAAAGAUGGUCAACUGAUCCAUAGAACGGUUAGGGAAGAAAUUACAUCGACGUAUGACGACUUGGGAAUGCGUUGUGAACCAGACGCUUUUGAUACUCUUUUCGAUCAUCCUCCUGAUAAAUUAGCUGUGGUUAAAAAGUCGUUAAUCACUUUUGUCAACAAACAUCUAAGUAAAGUUCAUUUGGAGGUGACGGAUUUAGAUACGCAGUUUCACGAUGGCGUGUUUUUAACGCUUCUACUUGGACUUCUCGAAGGAUUUUUCGUACCCUUAGGGAGUUUUCACCUGACGCCUAAAACACACGAUCAGAAGGUGCAUAACGUUUCAUUUGCAUUCGAUAUUAUGCAAGAUAUUGGAUUGCCAAAACCGAAAGCGCGCCCAGAAGAUAUCGUAAACUUGGAUCUAAAAUCAACUCUACGGGUGUUGCAUAAUUUGUUCACAAAGUACAAAGGCAUGAAUUGAAAUGGGAAAUGACUGGAAAGCAGCGGAUAAACAUAAUAAGACUCGACAUAUUAACGACAAUUAAUUAACGUUACUAAUGUACUAACCAAAGAGUAUGCUUUUUACAAUCGGUACACGCACGAGCAGCACCCUUAUGCAUAUAUGGGGGGCGGGGUUACGUUGCGGCACGCGGGGUAGAAAGAAGAGAGGGAAGAAUAAGUGGCGACAUGAAAGGGGGGGAUAUUGUUAUUCGUCGUUAAAUCAAACUUUGUCCAAUAUUACAGAUCUUACAUUGUUGUUACUGAAAUGAACUAUAAGAAAUAAUAAAUUUUGUAUAUUU